GUUGGACUCCAUCGCCUCUUCUCCCUCGACCACCACAAUCCCUUCGGCAUGCCUGUGCCCAUGCCACCCACCUCGAACGCGCUCACGGCAUCCGCCCCUAGUGGCCCAGCCGGAGACAAUUCUUCAAUGUCCACACCUCGUCAAGGGUCUGUGGCCCACCUACCACGGCGUAUGUAUGUCACCCUCCCUCACCUCGCUGACGGUGCAUAG